UUCUAAAACUGAUCAACUGGGAAAGGGGGUCAUAAUUAUGUUAAAUAGGCAGGGCUCAAAUAUUUGCCCUGUUCAAGCUAUGGCCAAUUUUUUGCUAAUAAGACCUCAUUUUACAGGACCUUUGUUUUGCCAUUUUGGAGGGAAGCCACUUACCCGUUAUCAAUUUUCGGCAGUUUUAGAUAGAAUUAUUAUGGCUAUUGGCUUGGAUAAGAAAUAUUACAAGUCUCAUUCUUUUAGGAUAGGGGCUGCAACAGUUGCAGCAGACAAGGGAUUUUCAGAUGAAGAGAUUAAAAUGGCUGGCAGAUGGAAGUCCACUGCUUUUCAAGCUUAUAUUAGAUCACCACUUACUCCAACAUCUCCUAUAUCUUAAGUUUUCCCAAUUUUUGGUAUGCAUUACAGGCUGUGUAAAAACAGACAGAAUAACAGUUUGGAUAGUCGGUUCAUCAAUCAUAAAAAAGGCAUCAAUAGCGGCAAGAAAUAGACCGGGGGGAUGGAGCUUAGGACUGAACCAAAGAGGAGUAGAUAUUUGGUGGCAGGGGUAUGGCGGUCUAAAAUUCAUACAACUGGUCAAAAAAGUCAGAUACUUGGCCACUUCAGAGGACCCCCCUAAAUAUUUGCUUAUCCAUUGUGGGGCCAAUGAUUUAGGCCAAACUAAACUCCAGAGCUUAUUGCAUAGAAUCAAAGCUGACAUCAAAUUGCUUUCAGGUAUAUCCUCUCACACCACACUUAUAUGGUCCUUCCUUCUCCCACGUAUUUCUUGGAGACACUCUCAAAAUGUAAAGGCUAUAGAACAGGCUAGGAAUAGGUUGAAUAGGUGGGCAGCCAAUCAGGUGUUUGCUUGUGGGGGGAAAAUUCUCACCCACCCCCAAUUCAUAGGGAAACCAGCACAACUCUAUCACUCAGACAGGACUCAUUUAUCGGACUUGGGAAAUUAUAUUUUUCUUAGCAAUAUCCAAGGGGCCCUAGAAUAUUUCGCAAAUGGGGGAGAAAGCAAAGAGUUUCCUUGUAAAUAA